AUGCGGGACAUCAAUGUUUCUACUGUAACAAAUGGAAAUGAACUCAAUGAAAAGAAUAUAUUAAUUAAUGAUCCAACGAAAUCAUCGGCGCAGGAUGAACCACUUUUACGUGAUAAUCCAUCACGUUAUGUUUUGUUUCCAAUAAAAUAUCAUGAUAUAUGGAGAUUUUAUAAACGUGCAUUAGCAUCGGUAUGGACAUGUGAAGAAGUUGAUUUAGCGAAUGAUAUGAACGAUUGGUCACGUUUAUCAUCCGAUGAACAAUAUUUUAUCAAACAUGUCUUAGCUUUUUUUGCUGCCAGUGAUGGCAUUGUUGGUGAAAAUUUGGUAGAAAAAUUUUCAUCGGAAGUUCAAAUUCCCGAGGCUCGUUGUUUCUAUGGUUUUCAAAUAGCUAUAGAAAAUAUUCAUUCGGAAAUGUAUAGUUUACUCAUUGAUACCUAUAUUAAAGAUCCGCGUGAACGUGAACAUUUAUUCAAUGCUAUUUCGACUUUACCUUAUGUUAAAAAGAAAGCCGAUUGGGCUAUCCGUUGGAUGAAUGACAAAACUUCAUUUGCUGAACGUUUAGUUGCAUUCGCUUGUGUCGAAGGCAUCUUUUUCAGUGGUUCAUUCGCAUCAAUAUUUUGGUUACGUGAACGUGGUGUUAUGCCUGGUCUUACAUUUAGCAAUGAAUUGAUCAGUCGUGACGAGGGUUUACAUACUGAUUUUGCUUGUUUAUUAUUCGAACAUAUUGUUAAUAAACCAAGUGCUGAACGUAUUGAAGAAAUUCUCCGUGAUGCUGUAAAUAUUGAAAUUGAAUUUCUCACUGAUGCUCUGCCAUGUUCGCUUGUCGGAAUGAACGCAGCUGCAAUGGCACAAUAUAUUAAAUUUGUUGCUGAUCGUUUGAUGGCUGAACUUGGUUGUUCGAAAAUUUAUCAUUGCGAUUGUCCAUUUGAUUUUAUGCAUAAUAUUUCAAUCACUGGAAAAACAAAUUUCUUUGAAAAACGUGUCGGCGAUUAUCAACGGGCUGGCAUUAUGUCUACUACAAGUGAACAUAAAUUAACACUCGAUGCCGACUUUUAA